CUAUAAAUACAACUCUCUCUCUCUCAUUAUCUCAAGUAUAUGCACAAACCCAGUUUCAAGAUUCAAGAAUUCAAAACUUCAGUUCCUUUUCCCCUCCAAGAUUCAAGAACUAAGUUCCCUUUCCCUUCCAAAGUUCAAGAAACUAAACCCCAUCCAUGGCUGACUUUAAUUCAGAUUUGCAAGGUUUUAAACCCUCACUUCCAUUUCUUCUAGAUAUGAUAGAUCCAAAUAUUGGACCCAACAUGAACCAAUUUACAGAAAUAAACCAAACCAAUAUUAUCCUUGAAAAUUCAAACUUUAAUAGUCUCCAAAAUUUCUUGACUUUCUCUAGUGACAAUUUCUUUAGCCAUCAAACACCAGCAGAAUUUCCAGGGAAUUUGACAGAAAAUUUUCCUGGUAUUUUCCAUCAAAACAAUCAGCAUGUUUUGCCCCUUUCUCAUAAUCAUCAUCAUCAACAACACUCUUUUUCCACUCUUGGAAAUGAGCAAGAAAGUGAAUUUCAAGAAUCCAAGAAAAGAAAAGCAAUAUUGGAUUUAUCAGAAACAAGUUCCUUGAACUCGUCUCCACAAGUUUCUGAAUGCGGAAAGCGCAAAAACAACUCAAGAAGAGGAAAGAAAGCUAAAUGCAAAGAAGAAGAAGAAGAGAAACCAAAAGAAGUUGUUCAUGUCAGAGCUAGAAGAGGACAAGCCACUGAUAGCCAUAGUCUAGCAGAAAGGGUAAGAAGAGGAAAAAUCAAUGAGAGACUAAGAUGCUUACAAGAUAUUGUCCCAGGUUGUUACAAGACCAUGGGCAUGGCUGUAAUGCUGGAUGAGAUUAUUAAUUAUGUCCAGUCCUUGCAGAAUCAAGUUGAGUUUCUAUCCAUGAAGCUCACAGCAGCUAGCACAUUUUAUGACUUCAAUGCAGAGACAGAUGACAUAGAAACAAUGCAGAGGGCAAAGGCACAAGAGGCAAAAGAGAUGGAGAGAGUGAUGAAGGAAGGAUAUGGAGGACUGACUAAUUACUCCCAACCAACAUGGUCCCUUUGACUUCAAUUCUUUGGAUGCUUCUCCUUAUUUUUAUUAUUACUAUACAAACACAUGAAAAAAAAAAAAAAAAAAUCAACCCAUUUCCCAAUAUUUUUAACCUUCCAAAUAUUUGUUCCCAUUUCAUGUAUACCUAGAACAAACAAGUGAACGUAUUUAUACAAUUUGUAGAAUUACUCAAACCAUUUGUGGGAAUUCAAUUAUUAUUUAUGGCAUUUUAGCCUUUCUACCA